AGAGUGAAAUCUGAGGCGACUCUAGUGUUAAGUUCAUUUUUCACCAAAACAAAUUUUUGUUCAUAGCCACACCUGUGGCGGAACACUCAUCGACAGAAGCAAGCAGGAGAGGCACAUCAGACCGACCGACGAGCCGCGUGCCGUUGGAAACGCAUAACAAACCAGUGAUUUGGUGUCAGUAGUCCGCACCCGCCGACAUCACCCGCCGCCCGCCCGCAUAGGAUGGUAGAAACUGACCCCGGGCCCAAGAAACCUCACAAUUGUGAUGUAAAAAGGGACCUCCAGUUGAACGGGCCAAGCACCAAAGCAGCUGAACUUGGUGUCAUUCCUUCAUUAAAAACAUCAGCCAAAGGAGACCCAGAGAAGGGAGGCUCAGAGAAAGCUGACUUCGAAAGGGCUAUCGAAUUAACAGGAUAUGGAAGGUUCCACUACCUGCUGCUGGCAGUAUGCGGCCUCGUCAGCACCUCGGAGGAGAUGGACGUCAUCUCGAUGUCCUUCAUCCUGCCUUCGGCGCAGUGCGACCUAGAUCUCUCCACUCAGACUAAAGGAUGGCUGAACAGCAUAAUCUUCAUCGGCAUGAUGGUGGGCGCGUACGCGUGGGGUUCGGUGGCGGACUCCCUGGGCCGCAAGCGGGUGCUCAUUGCCAUCUCCGUAAUCAACGCGCUCGCCAUCGUUGCUUCCUCCUUCAGCCAGAACUACGAGCUGUUCAUGCUGUUUCGCUUCAUUAACGGUGCCGCACUUGGUGGUUCAGGUCCAGUCAUCUGGUCUUAUUUCGCCGAAUUCCAGCCUAAAAAGAAGCGAGGUGCUAUGUUGAGCUUCAUGGCUGCUUUCUGGACACUCGGGAAUUUGUUCGUCGCUGGUUUGGCUUGGGUCAUCAUUCCUAGCGAAAUCGGAGGUACCACUGGAACUUUCGUUUACAACUCGUGGCGUAUCUUCUUGCUCGUGAUGUCACUGCCUUCCUUCAUUGUGGCAGCUCUGCUGUUCCUACUUCCCGAAUCACCCAAGUUCCUUAUCACCAGCGGCCGCCACGAAGAGGCCAUGGAAGUAUUCCGUAGCAUCUACCUCAUGAACACUGGACGUAGCAAGGACGAGUACCCAGUCAAGCAAAUCCUAGUCGACGAUAUCGUGCACACACACAAGUCCGCGAAGCAAAUCGAAGCAAAGAAAGAGCCUGCAGAACCGAAGUCCAAGAUAAGACGAAUGUUUAGCGACAUCGUCGAACACAGCAAACAGCUGUUUGUGCCACCUAUACUCAAGUUCACUAUGAUAUCUAUCACGAUCAACUUUACGUUCCAUAUCGGGUACUACGGCCUCAUGAUGUGGUUCCCAGAGAUGUUCAACAGGUUCGACGAGUGGUCGCGCACGCACGACAACGCCGAGGCGGACAUCUGCCAGGUGACGCGCUACGUGACGCAGCAGGGCACGCACUCCGCCAGCGCGCAGUGCGACUCGCACAUACACUCCGACGUAUUCAUGGAGUCGCUCAUCACCGUCGCCGCGGCCAUACCUUCCAACAUAUUCGCCGUGCUCGGCAUGGACAGACUGGGAAGGAAAUUCUUCUUGGUGUUCGCUACAUUCUCGGCGGGUCUGUGUUCCGCGGCCAUGUACUUCGUGUACAACAAGACCAACAACCUCAUCGUGAGCGCCAUCUUUAGCUCCGUCAUCUCGUGCGGCAACGCCUCCCUUGACUGCCUCAUCACUGAAGUCUUCCCUACCAACUUGCGCGCUACGGGCGUGGCCGUGUCCAUGGUGGCCGCUCGGCUGGGCGGCAUCAUCGGCAACGUAGUGAUCGCCGCACUGCUGGACACGUACUGCCCCGCGCCCACAUUCAUCGUGGCCGUGCUGCUCGCCAGCGGCGGCCUCAUGUGCCUCUUCCUGCCCAACACCACGCGCCAGGCGCUCCAGUAGCGCUGCACAUAUCCUGACACAGGAAUGCAGCUUAACAAACUUGCAGCCUGCGCGCCUUUUAGCGAUCGGUGGCGACGGAACUUUGUUAGACACUUACAAGUUUUUAAACAUUGUUUAAAGUUAGACCUUGUUUAAAAAUAAUGCCGUCUCUAUCUGCUUUUAUAAACAAAAAUGAGACAACCUUAGUUUUAAACAGUCUUUAAUUUUAAACAGUGUUUAAGAAAUUUUGUAGUAACACCGUCAGUGAUUCCCUUUGUUCCCAUCUAUACUGUUUAUGGUGCGCCUGGUGCUUUAUGUAACUUAUUAAGUUCAAUGCCUUAUUAUAACUAAUAGUAAGGUAUUCGAUUCUCUUUUCGCAGGUACUGAAUACUUAAGAGCAUUUACCGCUCUAAGACUGAAUAUUAUCAAUAUAAACAAGUAAGGUUUAAUACUGGUAAAUAUUAUAUGGAAUGGAAUCAAACUAUUUUUGUCGAUUUAUUAGCAAUUAUGAUGGGAACAAAGGAGCGAUUCCAUCUUAUGGAGAAAAUUAAUUCCGCCACCGACCGAUCGCAAUUGUUACCAUCGAACGUUAUCACCGAUGUAUGUGACUGCUUUUUCAAUGUACGAUGUUUUCUAAGAAUGAGCUAUAAUUUACCAUAAGUAGGACUGUUGUGGGUUGUUAAGUACCUACGUUUCAUUGAACAUCGAGUACGAGAAACGUAGUUUCACGCAUCUUUUGUUAGAAGUAUUAUAGAUUAAGCGUCGAUCAUUAUUUUGUUGUAUAUUGCAACUAUUUUCAUAUUACGAAUUUAUAAAUUAGAAUUGUUACCGUAGUUUGUAGUGUAGCUUGUAGUGAAUAGAUAAAACUGUGAGUUGUGAUAAGAUCAAGGAAUACUGAUCACCAUAAAGAGAUCUAGCCUAUUAAGAGAACUACCUUAACGAAUGUAAUAAAUUAUUAGAUUUGUCAAACCAAUCAGAAAGUCAUUGUAUAUAUUGCGAUUUUAUGAAUAAUUUCAAUUUGAUAAUUCAGAUUGCAUAUCCAUAAGUACAAAAUAUGUUGCACCAUUUGAAAGUAAAUCCUUAAUA